AUGUUUCUGACGUUUCGACGAUCGGCGCUAAAACCGCGUGUCUGCAAAUUGCGGUGAAUUCCAUUUGUGCUGCUAUUGCAAAAUCAUUUUACCGGCCGGGAAAUACGUAAAUCUGUUCGCAUCGGCUGCGACUCGCCACUCGCAGCUGCCGUCACAAAGUGUCUUGCUGGAGCGUCGCUGCUUAGUGAAAGUGUGAUUUUAGCAAGCGGUCUCGUUUGUGUGGUACACCUGUACAUUGCAUCCGUAAUCCGCCCCGAACAUGGAUACCGUCAAGAUAAGCGAAUUGCUUCGUGCCACCAUCGACCCAACGCAACGAUUGCAGGCCGAGGAGCAACUAAAUCAGGUACACAAGAUCAUCGGAUUCCUGCCCAGCCUGAUGCAGGUGAUCAUGCAGAAUGAGCUGGAAAUACCGGUCCGAUUGGCGGGUGCCAUCUAUAUGAAGAACCUGAUCAACAGCAGCUGGCAGGACCGAGAGGCGGAAGGCGGCAAUCCGAUCCCGUUUGCCAUUCACGAGCAGGAUCGGGCCAUGAUCCGUGACACGAUCGUGGAAGCGAUCGUGCACGUGCCGGCUGAGGUGAUAAAGGUACAGAUGUGCUUCUGCCUGAGCCACAUUAUCAAGAACGAUUUUCCGGGCCGGUGGACGCAGGUAGUGGACAAAGUAAGCCUGUGUCUGCAGAACAGCGACCCCAACGCGUGGCACGGUGCACUGCUCUGCAUGUACCAACUGGUGAAGCACUACGAAUACAAGAAGUCCGCCGAACGGGGUCCGCUAACCGAAGCGAUGAAUCUGCUGCUGCCACAGAUCUACACCAUCAUGAUGAACGUGAUCAACGAACCGUCGGAGCAAAGUGUGCUGUUGCAGAAGCAAAUAUUGAAAAUAUUCUACGCCCUUACCCAGUACUCGCUACCGCUGGAGGUGAUCACGAAGGAUGUGUUUUCGUGCUGGAUGGAAAUCUGCCGCCAGAUCCUGGAACGUCCGGCACCGGAUGCGUCCCACAUUGAGGAGGAGGAACGGCCGCAACAUCCUGCGUGGAAAACGAAAAAGUGGGCCUCCCAUAUCAUUCUGCGUAUGUUCGAACGGUACGGCAGUCCCGGCAAUGUCAUCUCGAAGGAGUACAAAGAAUUUUCCACCUGGUAUUUGCAAACGUUCACCAGCGGUCUGCUGAUGGUGUUGCUGAAGAUUCUGGACCAAUAUCGCAACAAGAUCUACGUGUCGCCGCGCGUCAUGACGAACACGCUCGACUACAUUAAGACGGCCGUUUCGCACGCAUUCUCGUGGAAGAUGCUGAAGCCCCAUAUGAUUGAGAUCAUUCGGGACGUUAUCUUCCCGCUGAUGUCGUACACCGAAGCGGACGAAGAGCUGUGGGAUAGCGAUCCGAUCGAGUACAUCCGCAAGAAGUUCGACGUGUUUGACGAUUUCGUGUCGCCGGUACAGUCGGCCGAAACGCUACUGCACAACUGCUGCAAAACGCGCAAAGGCAUUCUGACGCAGGUGAUGCAAAUCAUUAUGCAAAUCAUCAACACACCCGGGCUGGACCACAAGGAGAAGGACGGUGCGCUCCAUAUGGUUGGUUCGCUGGCGGAGGUGUUGCUGCGGAAGAAGAUCUUCAAGGAGCAGGUCGAGCAGCUGCUGAUGCAGUACGUCUUUCCGGAGUUUGCCAGUCCGCACGGGCAUCUUCGAGCACGGGCCUGCUGGGUGAUGCACUAUUUCAGCGACAUCAAGCUGAAGAACCCACAGGUGCUGGAGCAGAUCAUGCGUUUCUUGAGCAACGCGCUACUCACAGACAAAGACCUCCCGGUGAAGGUGGAGGCGGCCAUGUCGAUGCAGAUGUUCCUCAUCUCGCAGGAAGAUGCUUCUCCAUUCUUGGAGAGUCAGAUAAAGGACAUCACGAUGGAGCUGCUAAGGAUCAUUCGCGAAACGGAGAACGAAGAACUGACGACCGUGCUGCAAAAAAUCGUUUGCACGUACUCCGAUCAGCUUCCACCGAUAGCGCUUGACAUCUGUCAGCAUUUGGCCACCACAUUUAGCCAGGUGUUGGAAACGGAGGAUAAUGGUGACGAGAAGGCAAUUACCGCGAUGGGACUGUUGAGCACAAUGGAAACACUGUUGGCCGUAAUGGAAGAACAUCCGCAGGUGCUGGCAGCACUGCAUCCGAUCGUGCUGCAGGUGAUCGGACACGUCCUGCAGCAGAAUGUGCUCGAGUUUUACGAGGAAGCGUUCGGGCUGGUGUGCGAUUUAACGUCCAAGAGCAUCUCGCCGGACAUGUGGAAGAUGCUGGAAAUCAUUUACGAGCUUUUCCAGAAAAAUGGAGCCGAAUACUUUGUUGAUAUGAUGCCAGCAUUGCACAACUACAUAACGGUCGAUACGCCCGCUUUCCUUUCGAAUCAGAAUCACGUCAUUGCGAUGUACAACAUGUGCAAGUCGAUCCUCACGAGCACCGCCACGGAAGAGUCGGAGUGUAGUGCGGCCAAAUUGCUAGAAGUUAUUAUUCUACAGUGCAAGGGACACAUCGAUGAUUUCAUACCGAGUUUCGUAGAGCUGGCAUUGAUGCGACUGACUAGGGAGGUGAAAACGUCCGAGCUGCGAACGAUGUGCUUACAGGUCGUUAUUGCAGCUAUCUAUUACAAUCCUACUCUUUUGUUAGAAAUUUUGGAAAAAAUCCCCAUACCGGUUCCCGAUUCGUCUAUUACGGCUCACUUCAUCCGGCAAUGGCUGCACGAUUACGAUUGUUUCCUUGGCAUUCACGAUCGCAAGCUGUGCAUUAUUGGCCUGUGCACGUUGCUGUCGCUAGGCGAUCGCAAACCGACCGUACUGAGUGAGCUGCCGGACAAAAUCAUUCCAACGAUGCUGAUGGUUUUCGACGGACUGAAGCGUGCCUAUGCCGCCCGUGCAGCCGAGGGCGAAGAGGAAGAAAGUGAGGACGAAAGCGAAGAUCUGGAGGAUGGAUUGUCGAGCGACGAGGACGAUGUGGAUGAGAUAAACCCUUACUUCAAGAACAUGUCAAAGAUGAUACAAGAAAGGGGAGCAGAAGCCGGUUUCGAAGUAACUGCAUCGAUUCAGGACGCUGAUUCCGAUGAGGAAGACGAUGACGAUGACGACGAUGAUGAUGAUGGCGAUGAAAUUGAUGAAACUGCAUUGGAAAGCUACACAACACCGCUGGACGACGAGGAAAAUCCAAACACGGUGGAUGAGUACAUAAUGUUCCAAGACAUUAUGAACAAUCUUCCCAACACUGACCCGAACUGGUAUACAAUGCUUACCAGAAAUUUGAAUGCAUCCGAGCGAAAGAACCUGCAAGAAGUGCUCUUGUUGGCUGUUCAGAAAAAGGAAACCAAACGCUCGAAAGAAAUUGAAAAGAGUGGAGGCUAUCAGUUCACCCAGCAUCAGAUACCAACCAGCUUUAGCUUUACGGGACAGCAACAGUAAUACCGCUGGUAACGAGAAAUGCAUUAGCCAAACCAGUGUUGUGCGAAUGCUCGCCCAGAGAGGGAGAGGCCAAUUCUUCGCGCUCUUGUCGAUGCAUUCAUGAUGUACUAAUAGUGCUUACACUAAUCGCUAUGACUACUACUAGAAGUACUACUACUACUAUUACUACUACAACUACACACAUCCGCUUACGCAAAGCGGCAACAAACACACCUCAUGUAGACGCAAGCGGGAUUCGGUGUCAUUCCGUCGUUUUCGCUUGUUUCUUCACUCUCUGUGACUGGUUCUCUCAUUCUCAUUCUAUCCCAACAUCCUCCUUCAAACUCUCAACUAUCGACCGUUAAUCGCGAACCGGAAGAAACGGCUGGUGGGCGUCCAGUUUUGUGUAUAUCCAUAUUAGUACGCUUAUAUUUUCUAUCGUGUUUGUUUACUAUCCGGGCGCAGGUGUAAGAUCCGGUGUUGUUUCCUGCUUGGAAUGCUUUAUCUCGACGGUAUCAAUAUAUUUACAAUUUAUAUUGUGUCUACAAGGAGAAAACAAGUGUGCGUGUGUGUGUUUGUGGGAGUAGAUAGGAUGGCACAAACUCUAGCAAGCGUCUACUCGAAUCGAUCCGAAGCCGGAAAAGGAGGACGAUCAGGAUGGCUUAUAAUCCCGAGAGGCAAGCAUUUAAACUCGUAUUGAGUGGCACGAGGGUGUUUCAACAGGUAAAUGAAACCGUUGCACAUUUAAUACCUAAAAUCUAAGUACCGACAGAGGUAUUGCUAUCGUUCUGUCUCGUUACUUAGCAUUGAAACAUUAUUAACAACAGCUUUAAUAUACAGCUGCUUCUAACAUACGGAAGAUGUACUGAGCGUAACUGUUAUUUACAUAAUUGUUGAAAGUCGCAAAGCGUUUUGUCCGAAUUGUCUUGUCGCGUCUCCAUUCGUCAAACCAAAGCCUUGAAACAAUUUAUUGAACACGUAACACACACACACAUGCAUUGUACGAUCGUUUGUUCCUCGCUUUGGAUAAAAAUGGAGGUGGGCGAUAAGGCAGAGUAACCCGCCAAACCGUAGCGUUGACUUAGUCGAACUUAGUGACCGAGUUGACUUAGUGGCGACUUCCGACGCAAAUUUUGAACAGAAGUAGUGAGGGCGCACGCUCGUUUGCACCACGUCCCUGCUUAGUUCUGGAUCCAACUGUGAUAUAUUGAUCCCAACUCUCACUACCAUGGUACCCGGGCAGGAUCUGUAGAUAGUCCCACAUCAUGGAGCAGAGUUUCUUGGCGAGAAAAGAGUUCAAUACUAGGCUCGAUAUUUAAUUUUUUUCCUAUUUUUUGUGGUUGUUUAAUUAUGAGGGCCGGGGAAGGGAAACGCAUGCGACAGUACAUCCAGGGUAUGAUGGUGAUCGAAUCGAUUGUUUUGUUUGUAAUUGCAGCAGAAGGUGAAAUCAAGUGAACAAGCAAAAUUUAGUAAUCUGUCCCUAGACGUAGGAUGCAUUAGGUGGCCUUUUUCUAACGCCAGAAGGACACUAAAUGAAAGAGAGAAAACAUCAAGCCAACAUUAAGCUAUAACUGAUGCGUUAGUACGUGAAAAAGGGGCAAACAUAGAAAAUCACAAUCACACACGCGCACACACAAAAAAAAAACGUAUAAAAUGAAUUAUUAUUGCAUUAAAAGAAGUAUCAAACAAUUGGAAGCACACACGCAUUAUUCAUUAUGAUAAGCUUCAUUUGUAGCGAGGAGCAUGUUGUGCAGACAGUUGAAUGGAAUAAGUUUGUGUUUCGGCAUUCUUUGAACUCUCACAAAACAAAACGAAUUAGCGGGUUCCUCUUAGAACAUGAAGCAUAAUGAAAAUAAACCCGAAAUAACAUUUGCACGCCGGAAAUGUGACUAAACAUUUGCAAUAGUUUUAAACACACACACACAAAUAUGCAGCCAGAUUCUUCUUGCGAGAAUUAAAAAAAGGGUAGUAAACUCAUCAUUGUGAAUAAACACCUUCCUACCCCCCUCCCAACUUUUCCACCAAACAAUAGAUAAGUACAGAGGCCCAUUUUAAACAGCUGCAAAGCUCAGCAAACAAUAGCACGUAAUACACAAACGGCAGGAAUUAAAAGUGACGAUAAAUUAAA